UCAUGUGGUUGCGAACCACGCUAUCGUUACUCGUGCUCCUGUGCACUGAGUUUCAUCACAUUAAAGGAGAUGAACUAGCCAUAUUGCCUGUGAAAGGAGGUAAAAGCUUCACUUUUGGCAACAGUACGUACGAUAUAUCCGGCCUGAAGUUUGAUUGGUACACCUCAAAACUGUUAUGCGAAUUAGAAGGGAAGAAGUUAGUCAGCAUCGAAUCGGCUGAAGAGAAUGUCGCAAUUUUAGCUGAAUUAAGUGGAUACUCUGAAUCGUUUUGGAUAUCGGCCACACUUCCAAUAUUGGUUCAGAGGGAUUUCAUAGAUGAUUUCUAUUACUGGGACGGCACUGGCUCUGCACAUGGUCCAUACGUUAACUGGGCGUCAAGUUAUCCAGGUGGCUCUGAUGGGAACAAGGAAUCUUGUGUUGUGCUGGAAUACACGGAGGGCUACCAGUGGGUUGACGUUCCUUGCGACGGCACGAGCCCCCAUCGCUAUAUUUGCGAAGGAAAAAUUACAGCUGAAACUCAUCAAAAGGACGAUGACGCUAUAACUGAGGAAGAAAGAGGAAAGAGGUUUACUUUCGAUGGCACUAUAUACGAGAUCGCACCUCUCACGUUGGAUUGGUGGAGAGCGAAAUAUGACUGCAAAGCACGAGGAAUGAAAUUGCUUUCAAUUGAAUCUGAGGAGGAAAACCAAGCAAUAUUGGCAAACAUCGGAAAUUUUGCGGAUGUAUACCGCUUCUUCUGGAUGUCUGGAUCAGACCUAGGAAGUGAAGGUGGUUAUUAUUGGGAUUCUACCGGGGAAUAUUUAGGACCGUACCUUAACUGGAAUGAAGGUGAACCAAACAGUGGCGUAGAUGAACAUUGCACUGCGUUUGACACUUUAAGUGGAUCAUGGGGAGACGUAAUUUGCCAACAGUACGCAAGAUACAUCUGUGAACUUCGUCCAACUUCUGAUGAAACAGCUUUUUAUGAAACGUAUGAAACUGAAAUGCUCGAAAUCGGAAAUGGCAGAUUUGUCUUCCAAAAUAGGACUUAUGAAAUAUCAAAACUUAAGUUUGACUGGUUUACGGCGAAGCAAGAGUGCGCAAUUAAAGGAAUGGAACUUGUCAGCAUAGAAUCGGAAGAAGAAAACGAUGCCAUUUUACAAGCUCUCACUGAUUACGAGGAAUCAUUCUGGAUAUCUGGAAACGACCAAUUUCAAUAUUUCAUUAGAGGUGCCCAAAAUUACUUUUAUUGGGACGGCACUGGACAUUUCUUCGGACCAUACGUAAACUGGGGAACAGGCCAACCUGACGAACAGAAUGAGAGAGAUUUGGAGUGUUUAAUAAUGAAUCAUGCUGACAAUUUUACUUGGUACGACAUUGAAUGCUCAUCUCAAGUUCUAAGAUUCAUUUGUGAGGAAGUUACUGUAGUUCAGGAAGUUACAGUGGCAGAUGAUCUAGAAACGCUGGAAAUCAAAACUGUAUAUGAUUGGGAUUUUUCUUUUGAAAAUAGCAAUUACUGGAUGUCUUCUGAUAUUGCAGAGUGGCAUUUAGCUAAGUACUCUUGCGAGUCUCGUGGAAUGGAAUUGGUCAGCAUCGAAACUAUAGAAGAAGGUGCAGCAAUCGAAGCCUUUUUGAAUAAUUUCAAGAGUUACGGCCCGUCCUUCUGGACUUCUGGUACUGAUUUGGGAAGAUCGGAUACAUUUUAUUGGGAUUCUACAGGAAUGGAGUUCGGGCCUUACUUGAACUGGAACGAAACUCAGCCAGACAAUGGACACAAUGGGGAUGACAAUUGCGUCUUAGUAGACAUGACUAACAAUUGGAAAUGGGAUGACGUGCCAUGUUACUGGUUUAUGCGUUAUUUGUGCGAAUCACAUUUGUAAAAUUAAAUAAAAACAUUUAUUUUUCCAACUUAGAA